UACAAGAUCAUCAAAACCCCGAUGGACAUGGGAACAAUCAAGAAGCGCCUGGAGAACAAUUAUUACUGGAACGCCCAGGAAUGUAUCCAGGAUUUCAACACCAUGUUUACAAACUGCUACAUCUACAACAAGCCGGGGGACGACAUAGUCUUAAUGGCAGAAGCUCUGGAAAAGCUUUUCCUGCAGAAGAUCUCGGAGAUGAGCCAGGAGGAGACGGAAAUCGUCAUCGCCCAGACCAAGGGCCGGGGCCGCGCGCGGAAGGAAGCAGUGACGUCCAAACCCGGCUCCUCCACGGUCCCCAACGUCACCCAAGCCUCGUCCCCGGUGCCGCCGCCGCCGCCGGCGCCGAGCCUGCCUUCGGCACAGACCACCCAUUCCUUCCCCUCCGUCACCCCCGACCUCAUCGUGCCCAGCCCGGUGAUGACGAUGGUGCCUCCUCAGCCCCCCGCGCCGCCCCCGCCGGCCCCCCAGGCCCCCGCGCCCGCCCCGGCCCCCCAACCCCUGCAGCCCCACCCGCCCGUCAUCCCCACGCCCGCCCAGCCCGUCAAGACAAAAAAAGGGGUGAAGAGGAAAGCAGACACCACGACCCCCACCACCAUCGACCCGAUCCACGACUCGUCGUCGCUGCCCGCCGAGCCCAAGUCCGCCAAGCUGGGCCCGCGGCGGGAGAGCGGCCGCCCCGUGAAGCCUCCAAAGAAGGACGUUCCCGACUCGCAGCAGCACGCGGCGGAGAAGAGCAGCAAGGUCUCGGAGCAGCUCAAGUACUGCGGCGGGAUCAUCAAGGAGAUGUUCGCCAAGAAGCACGCGGCCUACGCGUGGCCCUUCUACAAACCUGUGGACGUGGAAGCUCUGGGGCUGCACGACUACUGCGACAUCAUCAAGCACCCCAUGGAUCUGAGCACAAUCAAAUCCAAGCUGGAGAACCGGGAAUACCGGGAUGCUCAGGAAUUCGCGGCCGACGUGCGGUUGAUGUUCUCCAACUGCUACAAGUACAACCCCGCCGACCACGAGGUCGUGGCCAUGGCGCGGAAGCUGCAGGACGUGUUCGAGAUGCGCUUCGCCAAGAUGCCGGACGAGCCGGAGGAGCCCGUCGUCCUUCCCGCCUCCUCGCCCGCCGUGGUGCCGCCCCCCACCAAGGUGGCCCCGCCCUCGUCCAGCGACAGCAGCAGCGACAGCUCCUCCGACAGCGACAGCUCCUCCGACGACUCCGAGGAGGAGCGGGCGCAGCGCUUGGCCGAGCUGCAGGAGCAGCUCAAGGCCGUGCACGAGCAGCUGGCGGCCCUGUCCCAGCCCCAGCAGAACAAACCAAAGAAAAAGGAGAAGGACAAGAAGGAGAAGAAGAAGGAGAAGCACAAAAAGAAGGAGGAGCUGGAAGAGGCCAAGAAAAGCAAAGCCAAGGAGCCGCAGCCCAAGAAGGCCAAGAAGAGCAACAGCAACAGCAGCACCUCCAGCAAGAAGGAGCCGGCGGCGGCCAAGCCGAGCCGGGCGGCUCCGGCCUACGAGUCGGAGGAGGAGGAGAAGUGCAAGCCCAUGUCCUACGAGGAGAAGCGGCAGCUGAGCCUGGACAUCAACAAACUGCCGGGGGAGAAGCUGGGCCGGGUCGUUCACAUCAUCCAGUCGCGGGAGCCGUCGCUCAAGAACUCCAACCCCGACGAGAUCGAGAUCGACUUCGAGACGCUCAAGCCGUCGACGCUGCGCGAGCUGGAGCGCUACGUCACCUCCUGCCUGCGCAAGAAGAGGAAACCCCCAGCCGAGAAGGUCGACGUCCUGGCCGGCUCGUCCAAGCUCAAGGGCUUCUCGUCGUCGGAGUCGGAGAGCAGCAGCGAGUCCAGCUCCUCCGACAGCGACGAGUCGGACUCAGGUUAGCGCUUCCCGCCGCUCCCUCCCACCCUUCCCGCCCUUCCCGCCCCUCCCGCUCCCGCUCCGGACAAAUAAACUCGUUUUCAG